GCAAAUAGUGCCUCAUAAUCCAGUAAUAACAAACACCGACGGUUCUGACAGCAACAACCACAAUAUCACAGCAAUUUGAUUGAAUAAACUCACCUGAGCUUCCUGUUUUUAGUCCACUUGAGAUGGAGUGUUUCGGCCUCUUCCACUGACAGUUGUGAGUCCCCAGCCUCUGUGGUCCCCAUCCGUCUGUCAGCUGCAUCCUGAAAAGCUUCAACAUGCUGCGAGAGAGCUCCAAGGCCUGGAGCAAUGGCUCUGAGGCCUACAGCAGCGAUCCUGAGGAGGACGAGGAGGAGGAAGAGGACAUGGUGUUUGGGGAGAAUGAUCAGGAGGGCAUGGCGGAGGAGAUGAUGGAUCUGAGCGACCUCCCCACAGCGCUCUUCGCAUGCAGCGUCCAUGAAGCUGUGUUCGAAGAGGAGGUACACAGGGAGAGGUUCGAGGCGUUGUUUAGGAUCUACGAUGAACAGGUGACCUUCCAGAUGUUCAAAAGCUUCCGGAGAGUCCGGAUCAACUUCAGCACCCCAGAGGCUGCCGCCCGCGCUCGCAUCGAGCUGCACGAGUCCGAGUUCAACGGCAAGAAGCUCAAACUCUACUUUGCCCAGAUCCAGAACGGCGAUGAGGACAUUGACAAGGCGUACCUGGCCCCUCCCCAGCCCGUCAAACAGUUUCUGAUCUCGCCGCCUGCCUCGCCACCCGUGGGCUGGAGCCAGAGCGAAGACGCUACGCCCGUCAUCAACUACGACCUGCUGUGUGCAGUCGCCAAGCUAGGACCUGGUGAAAAGUACGAGCUCCACGCAGGGACAGAGUCCACCCCGAGCGUGGUCGUGCACGUGUGCGAGAGCGAGACGGAGGAGGACGAGGCGGCGCGGCCAAAGCAGCAGAUCGUCCAGACCAGACGUCCCGACGGACCCCCCAAAGUCUUCAACUAGAGAGGCCUCCCCAGCCCGACACCUGGCGCGGCCCCCCGACCGCCCCUUAAAACCCGUAACACACCUGCCCUCUCUCUCUCGUCUCUGCACUCACAGAGAGCGUCGAUGCCCCUCAUUUCAGUUCAACUACAAGCAAAAACAAACCAACAAACAUUGCUCAAAGACGGUGUUUGUGGGGAGCGUGGCGAUGGAAUGAGGCGGCCUGAAGGGGAUGGAUGAGAAUCACACACACACUCAUCACAUUCUGCGGACAGCGUGGGGAGCGGCGGGCAUGCUUUUGCCUCCACCCCACCAAAACCCCCUCGUUUUCAGCAAGAGGGGGUGAAAAAUACCUGUCCCAAUGCAGGCACCUGUCACUUAUCACACACACACACACACACACACACACACACACACACACACUCUCAGCUCUCAUUGCUAGUCCUGCUCAGUAGCUUGCUAGUUAGUUAGCUUAUUAGCUUGUACCUCUCCCUUCGUCUCACGGUCCUGUGUACAAUAAUCUUCAGUUGAGGUACACGCGAUGCCUCCAAACAAGACAUUAGCAUUUCUCUUUAUUUUUUACGAUUUAUUGUGUUUUCAGGUUAUAUAUGAAUAUAUACGUUCAUUAUUUUCUUUCUUCUUUCCCAUCCACCUUCAUAUCGCUUCAGCUUGCAUCAAGAUUGAGUGUGUGAUGUUUCCCGCUCUUGUCUGCAUGUAUAUAAUGUAUUACAAAAAAAAAAUACGUACAGAAACACAAAUUACUAACGAGAUAUAUCAAGAAAAAGGAACCUAUUUAACAUCACACACAGCACGAAGCGCCAUAUGUGACUAACAAACUUGUGGUGGUUGUUUGACUCUAUUUUUUGUAUUUUAUUUUUCGCUCGUUUUCUGCUUUUUUGUCUUAUUCUUUUUUUUUUUAAUUUGGAGAGGCGUUGUUUUUUGCUAAACUACUAGAUGUGUAUUCUGACUAUGUAUUUGAUACCCCGACACUUUUUGCAUGCUUAGUUACUUCUGUAGAUGAGGAGCUGAGGUGUUUUUCUUUUGUUCUCGUUGUUCGUGAUGACAGGGAAAUAGUGUGACGCUUUUUUGACGCAAGUGCAUAUCCCCGAGUUUAAAAAGGACGUCUUGGUGGGGGGGGGGGAUAAAAACAGCUGAAUUUUUUUGUGAGAUUGACGGUUCAGUCUUCGACUUGAUGGCAAAUUCUGUCGCUUUUGUUGGGAUUUGACGGAUCAGAGACAGUUCAUCCCCCUCAUUUUUCUUCAAAGGGGGUUCUGGAUGUGGAUUCUAUUUUUCUGUGUGUUGUAUUUCACAUCUUUAAUGUCUUUGUUUGAUCAAAACCCACUUUCUAUGUGUCAGGAUUUUCUCUUCUGAAAAGCCUGCGCCUGCUUGUUUUGCACUGAGUAUCUCUCGAUAUCUCCAACCAGCCGCGGGGCUCUCGACCGUCUCCUGCUGCGCACCAGAGUACUGCGCUGCUUCUCGCUGUAAAUAGCCGAGCGGUAGGUAGGUCUCGUGGAAAUAGUCCUUUUAGAUUUUGUAGUCUUACCUGAAAGCAUUUUGCUGAGAAAAGGGAAAAAAAAUUAGGUAGCCUCAUGAGAUAUCAACCAAAGCAUUCGCUCACCUCAUGUUGUUAGACAUAAAUGAUUUUUUUUUCUUACUCUGAGACACCGAUGUAUAUUGUUGACAUGAGCUGAAAGGAAUCAUACUUCCGCAACACAUCUGCAGUACUUUUUCUAUUGCAUUAUGUCUUAGUUCAUAUUAGUGCUCCAACUUUUUUUGCAGUUUUUAUUUAAGUGGAAAUCUCCACUAAAAAUCCUAAACUCACUUAUUUCCCCCAUUUCCUUGGUUAAUUCUCCCCGCAGUUCCAUUCAUAUCAGUGUUUCACCUACUUAUUUAAAGACACGUUUCAGUGCUUUAGAAGCAACGUGAGCAAAUUGUUCUUAACAGGGCUUUUUGGGUGUCAGCGGUAAGUCUAAACCUUACUUGUCAUUAGGCAGCAUGAAAUCUGAAAAAAAAGACUUUUAUUUUGCUGUAUAACAAUAUUAGUGAGCAAAAGACAAGUCGGUCUGCAUGUGAGCACUUUAUCGUCAGUGUUUUGUUCGUUUCCUUCACAUGAAAAAAAAACGUAUUUUUUCUUGAGACGAAAGUAGGAAGCACAUUACAUUUCUUCUCUGUUUUUCUUUUCUUUUUCUUUUAUCACAAGCUGAACACCUGGUUAGCCUUUUCACCAGCAUAUUUGCAGUGAGUGAGACACUUCCUUUGUUGCUAGCGUGAACCUUGGAUGAAUUUCAGGCCUUGUGGUUCUCUUUGGGGAGUGUACCGCUGUAAAAAGAUGUAGACAGUGCAGUACAGUCAGAUGGGGAGGGGGAGGGGGGUGGGAGUUUAAAUGAGGAAGGAUGACACUGCAAAACAAAAAUCAAUGUCUUUGUUUUUCGUGUUUGUCCGCAAAGGAACAUUCAUCUUAUCUUCAGAGAAAGUUAAACAGAUCUUUGAAAUGCACCACGACGGCAGAGUGCAGUUUUAUUGGCACUACGGUAAAGCUGUCACAUUUAUCUGAGCAGACAGCAGAUUGGAGGAACUACUGAGGUGGAUGAUGGCGAUAAUAGAAGAGGAAGCGGCGAGCAGCAGGAGGAAGACACUCGUGAAGAUUUUUUUACUCUCUGUGGUCAUGGUGUUUAAAACCGGGUGCAUUUUGGUCACAGUUGAAAUGAAAAUGUAUAUUUAUGUACAUAUGCCAAUUGAUUUUCUUUUGUUGCUGAGACCAGUCCCAGUGUGCAGUUUGUUACGGCUUCUCUUGGCAAUGUUGUAAUGGAAUAAAAAAAAAAAAAAAAAAAAAAAAAGGAAGAAAAAAGGAAAUACAAAAAAUGUGUAACAAUAAGUCCUGAAGAUGCUCGAUCAAAAAAACCAACUGUCAUUGUGUUGUGUUCAACAUGGACUCUGUUUUGAAUGUUUCUUUUAUUUCUGGGGAACGUCUACUAAAAAGGUCAAUAAUACCGUUUGUCACUGUUGUACUGUUUCUGUUGAAAUAUGAAUAUUGUGUCUUGUAUCGUAGGAAUCCAGAAAACAAAGUAGCAAAACAAGCAAUAAUUUACAGUUCUAUAAUACCGAUAUGUGUAUUUUCAUGUUCUGUACUUAUUUCUCAGAGAUGGUCUCUGUCUCUUACAGUAUCCGCUUCUAUUUGUGUAGUAUAAUAGCCAUUUGUUUCACAUAGAGAAAUACAUAAAGACUUAUUCUUAAAAGCCA